AUGGCCGACCUCCCCGACAUGUCGCACCUCACCCCGGAGGAGAGGCGCAUCAUCGAGGGUGUCAUGAUGCGCCAGAAGCAGGAGGAGGAGCGGGAGAACGAGAUCAUGAGGCGCAAGCAGGAUGAAGUCCAGAUCCUAGAGGAGACGAUACGAGCUCGCUCCGAGAAGCACAAGAAGGCGGGCGUGGAGCUGGACGCCACGUGUCACAUAUGUCUGAAAACCAAGUUCGCCGACGGUGUCGGCCACAUCUGCGACUACUGCAACAUCCGGUGCUGCGCACGCUGCGGAGGAAAAGUGACGCUGCGCUCGAACAAGGUGAUAUGGGUGUGCAUCCUCUGCCGCAAGAAGCAGGAACUCCUGUCGAAGACGGGACAAUGGAUGACGAAGAGCGGCCUCGGCGCGGCGGACACAGCGAUGCUGAGGCGUAUGCAGGAGGAUAUGCAGGGAGGCCCUCCCGCAGGACUCGCGGACCUCGGUCAGGAUAAGAGGCCGAAACUCGAGAGGGCGCACAGCGCAGCGGAGAAGGAGAACCUCCCGCUGCUGCAGAAGAGCGCCGGCUUGUUGAAGAGGCAGUACUCCCAGCAGGAGCAGGUGCAAGGACGACGACUGUCGACGAGCGACAGCGGGGUGGAGAUGUCCGUGUCGCCCCACUCGAGGACCCUGCCGACCCCCCACGUGGUCGUCGGCGCGUACCCCAUGCAGCCGGUCCAGCGGCACCAGGCCGCGUACCCCGAGGACGACCCCGGCGUCUACAGGACCGAAAUCGACGACCCGAUGAGACAGCAUCCUCAGUCCUACCCGAGGCAUCGCCAGAUCUACCAGGACCAGAACUCGGACAUUGCGAUGGCCUACGGCCACCCGGCGGAGUCGAGUCCUCGAGCGGUCCAUCCGUCCCAGCACCCGGGGCAGGGCGCUCACCCCUCGCAGUCGGGGAUGCAGCAGCAGCGGAGUUUCAGCAGCAGCGAGGAGGAGCGCAGCACGCCGGAAUGCGCGAGCGACGAGCCCGACGAGUCCGAGAAGGGGAAAGGGUACUACCAGUUGGGAGGAGCUGCCACGGGGGCCGGGCCGGCUCAUAGGCACAACGGGCACCACGCGACCGCCACCAUGACCAUCGAGUACAACGGACACCGGCCACCUCGAGAGCCGCGCAAGGAGGAGUCCACCCUGGUCAGAAGGAGCUUCCGGAGAAGCGGGGACGAGUGGCGAGCCGACAGUCGGAGGUUCACGGAACGGAGGGGGAAAAAGACGGUGCGGUUCGACGGCGGCACCACCCUGGACGGCCCUCAGGAGGACUGGUCCUGGGAGGCCGACCGACAGGGUAGUCAGGACAGCGCGACCAAAGACUCCGGCAUCGACACCUCGAGCACCUUCACCAGCAGCGAGGACAGCAACCGCGGCGACCUGCCCAAGCACCCUCUGUCCUGGCAAGUGAGCAGCGACGGGCAAAAGAUCAUCGGCCACAUGAUCCUGAGGAAGUCCCCGGGGUCCAGCAGCAGCAGCAGCAUCCUGGGCCUGAAGGUAGUCGGCGGUAAACUUUUGGAAAACGGUUCCAGAGGCGCUCUUAUCGAGAAGGUGAAAAAGGGCAGCACGGCCGACAUCGAGGGUCAGCUGAGACCCGGUGACGAGGUGAUCGAAUGGAACGGCAGGUCCCUCCAGGGGAAAAGUUUCCAGGAGGUCUGCGACAUCAUCGCCGAGUCCAGGCAAGAGCCGCAGGUAGAGUUGAUAGUCUCGAGAAACUUGUCACCCACGUCGGCCGUACUGGAGGCACCCUCCGCGACGAGCGCGACGUCCUUGUCCUCGAGGAAGGUGGUCGGCCAGACCCAGUGGAGGCAAAAGCACGACCCCGUCGGCGGCGCUCCACAGUAUCACCACAAAGAUUAUAUGAUUUUUCGCAUUCCAGGUCUUAAGAAAUCUAUACUGUGGGAGUUAUACGGCAUGAGGCGAGAGAAACCCGCGGUUUUGGUCACGUCGCCGGGAUCUCCGGACCUGCAGGCCCAAGGACGAGGCAGGCACGGUCGACAUCCCGGAGGAAAUGCCAACAUCGGAGGCCGUCUCCAGGUGAAACUCGGCUUCGACCCUGCCAGCUUCCAGCUGAUCGUCACCCUGGUGUGCGCCGCCGGUCUCAAGCCGAGAGGCGACGGCCAGGCCAGGAAUCCCUACGCCAAAGUGUUCCUGCUCCCCGAAAAGAGCGAGAAGUCGAAGAGGCGGACGAAGACCCUGGCCAACACGAACGAUCCCAGGUGGAACCAGACGUUCUUCUACAACGGAAUCAGGAGGCCCGAGCUGCGGCAGAGAGCCCUGGAGAUCACGGUCUGGGAUUACUUGAGAUACGGGGCCAACGACUUCCUCGGGGAGGUCAUCCUGGAACUGGCCAUUUCCGCCUUUGACGAAAAACCGGAGUGGCACUACUUGAUGGCUCACGAAGAGCACCGGCUGGCCGGACAUUACCAGGAGCCGGCCGACGAUAUGGUGAUAACACCUGUGGAUUAUCACCUCAGUCCACCUUCGACCGCCUCCAGACUGAGCGAUUCCGACACGUCGGAGUGCGACAUCACCGACUGCGACGUGUCCAGGGAUCAAAGGAGAACCGCCGACGGUGCCAGUAUCAGCAGCAUCGGCAGUUCCUCCAGGUUUCAUAAUAUCCCGUCAAAUUAUAAGCGCCACUAUUCCAGCCCACCGCCCGAGAGGGACCUGGGGGUCGACGGGGAGCACCGGAGUCGGAGAGACAUGUCCCCUCAAGGCCGCAAGAGGGCGGCCCUCAUGACGUCCAGAGACCAGCCAGCCUCCGUCUCCGGGUACCAGUCCUACAGGAAGGAGGAGUCGCAUCGGGGGAUGCUGGGCCACAGAUCGCACAGCGCGGCGCCGAUGGACUCCGCGAGUAUUCCCUACCGAGGACGAUCGCAGAGCCCGACGGGUCACAGGUCACUCUCGCCCCCGGAGCACAGGUCCAUCCUCUACUCGCACGCCUACGGACCCAGGUUCGGGUCGAGGUCGGCCACGGCCACGCCGACGGGGUCGCCGAAGAAGAGGCAGCUGCCCCAGAUCCCGGCGAACCUGCACGCCGCUCUCAAGGAGAGGGUCGCUCAAGACUUGGAGGAACGGACGAGGUUCAUAAAGCACCGGAAUCGGCAGGUGCACACCACCUACAGGAACACCGGGAUGGGAGGGUGGGAGAGGCACUACAGCGGCCUCUCGGACUCCGACCUGCCCUCCAUGGACCACGACGCCCUGUCGAUGUCUCACGGGCACCACGUCUACCGGAUGCACAGGACUCGAAGGGGCCACCUUAGUCCCGACCGGGACAUCCUCGGCGACCACGGCGAUUCCGACAUGGAGAGCAUCGCCUCGGUGACGAGCAGUGCCUUCAGCACGCAGUCGGAACGACCGCAUGCGUCCCGGGCGUUGAUACCGACAGUUAAAAACGUUUUGAUACCCGGUGUCGUAUCCCCCGUGCCCCCACCCCCUAGGCGCGCUAGGCGCAAGCACCGACUUAGGGUACCCUGCAGCGAAUGUCAUUGCCCCAGCGAGCCCAUCCCGAAGGUCCGGAACGCCCCGAAGCACGCGAUCCCGCCGCAUCCCCUCGUACGGAGCAAGUCCGCAGUGGUGCGCUCGCUUUACAGAAAAAUGCGCAAACCCUUCACGAGGUCGCGGACCGUCGACGAGAACCUGAUGCGGUAUUACAGCCCCGAGACCAGCGAGUACAGCGUCUGCGAGGGCUACCUCCUGAAACCGGAAGAGCCCACCAGGGGCCGCAUCCCCGAAAUUUACGUCGAGGACUGCCUCCGGGUAGACUUUAACGAGCGCCUUCUGGACAAGUUCCGCCGCGGCGACUACCCGGGCGCGAGCUCCCUGCCGCGGGCAAGGACCCCCGGGUGGCGCGGUCGCGGUGGCGGCCACGGCUCGUCCGGGUUCCGGAGGGCCGGGGGCCUCGCCGAUUCGAGGGUCGUCGCGUCGCCGCUCCUCUCCAGGGCUCGGAGCUUCGACCACGACCGGCUGGUCGGCAGGGCCGGGGAGCGGCUGCUCUCCAGGAAGGCCAAGAGCUUCGACCACGAGACCGUGUCCGCGACCAUUACCGGGACCAUCUCCGGCAACAUCUUCAGCGACGAUAGCCUGGGGACCGCCCGGCGCAAGCUGAAGAGGAACCUGUCGCUCAGUGACUCCAAGUACGGCGACAAGAUCCCCGCCCUGGGCGACCGCAGCAAGUCCUAUUAUGACUCGAACGGCGACGGGAAGGAGCUCGUCGCCAGGAUCAGGGCCGCCCGAGAGGAGGCUCGGCCCUUCUACGGGUACGACUCGGAGCUCAGCGGGGGCGAAACCGAGAUCUAUGUGCCCGGCCUCGACGAGGCGGACCCGGGGUCCGCGGUCGAGGUCGAAGGCUACGGGUCGGCCCUGGACGACGGCCUUUACGACGUCGGUUUCUUCCUGGGAGGCUUCCGCGACGCCGGAUUUCUCGGAGAAAACGGCGACGGGAGGUUCUCCGACCGGGAGGGCGGUCUCUACGACCCGGGUGGGGACCACCUGUACUGUAGCAUCGACGAGAUCGACCCUCCGGGGAAGAUGUACGAGGUGCACUCCUCCGGGAGGCGGAGGCGCGGGUCCUCCCUGGGGAGCCGGCACGGGGCGCGCGGUGACGCCGAGGAGGACGACUCGCGCUCUCGGAGGAGGGCCAGGAGCAGUGACGCCUACCUGGGGGACGGGCGAGAGACCCGCGAGAAAUUGGAGCGGAACUACGGCGCUGAGUUCUCCAAUGACGACGAGUACUCCACCGACUGCCGGGAGUACGGGGACCGGCAGCGGUACGACUAUCGCGACGAUUAUCGCGACGAUUAUCGCAACGACUAUCGCGAUGGCUAUCCCGGUGGUUAUCCCGACGAUCGUCGCGACGACUACCGCGAGGACUACCCCGAGGACGCGCCCUCGGCCCGGAAGGGGUACGUCGAGGCGCCCGAGUACGCCGACUACCGGACCUCGGAGUCCGACGGAGGGUCCCGGAGGCGGAGGCGUCGCCGCCACAGCGGGGAGAUCAGGGACUACGAGAACGUCCCUCGAGGACGGGCCGAGUCUACGCCCGUCCUGCCCUCCGACGAGGACUACUUGGAUCCGGGCGAGCGGCGCGUCCCUCGUCGCCGGCGCAACAGCAGCUGCCCCGAGCCGCGGGUUCUGGAGGACCUGCACCGGCUCGAGGAGCGGCGGUACUCGGGGCCCGCCCCGGACUCCGAGGAGGAUUUCGGCUCGACGGAGACGGUGAUCGGGCCCGGCGGCUCCAGCCGCCCGGAGGAGCCCGGGGCCAGGUACCGGCGCAGGAACAGCAGCUGCCCCGAGGCGCGCGACCUCGAGAGUCGCCGGGAGCGACCCGGUAGUAAGAGAAACGUCGCCAUCAGCGACACCCUCGAGUACUACGAGUACUCGAUGGAGAGCGAGUCCCAGUGCAGCGAGUCCUGCGGAUUUGGCCCGUGCGAUCCUCGUAGACCCCGUAAUCGAGCACCCUGCCCCGGUAACGCUAAUUCAAAUCUCUUUGAUUCCCAAACCGCUACCUCCGACACUGCUAAAAACGCUCGGGCCGCCGACGAAAACCCUCUCCAAUCACGCGACGCCACCCGACCGUCCACGAAACCGGCCGCCACCGUGAACGACCGCUGCGACCACGCGGACCCGCGACCUCGACCGCGGAAAUCCCGCGACGACGCCGACCGGCGCGCCUCCUCGAUGCCGGAAUCCAGGGACUACGGCCAGUCCGGCUCCUACGAGAAGACGUCCUCCCGGCACCCGGCCGAGGCCAACGGCAAGCGCGGCCAGUUCAGCAGGAGUCUCAGCAACGCCGACGUCCCGCCCGACGAGAAAGUCGACGGCAGUCUCAGCGACACGGCGGUGAACCUGCACGUGGAGGACGCCUCCAGGAGGGGGCGGAAGAGCUCUCCGGGCAGCAAGAGCGGAAGCGGGAGCAGCAGCGGGGGUGGAAGCGCGGUGCAGUACCAGUCCGGCUUGGGGAAGAAGAGUAACAGCACGAGCCAGCUAUCCGCGACAGAGUGCGGCGGCGGCGUCGUCGGGGCCGGCCUGGACGCCCGGGGGCCCGGGUUCGCCCGCAAGCGAAACAGCACGCCGAGCAGCAUUCAGCGGUCCCAGGAGGUCGUGCCGACCUACCAGCGACUGGCCGGAAGGCAGGCCGGAUCGGUCACCAGCGACACCGCCGGAAGUCUCAACUCGAUCUCUAGUUCCGAGGGAAGCUCUUGGUCUCCGAGUCUGCGAAUGGCAGGCGAAAGCGGCCAGUUGAGCAACUUCAUCGACGGCUUGGGACCCGGCCAAAUGGUGGGCAGGCAAGUUCUGGGUGCACCCUCCCUGGGCGACAUUCAGUUAGCCCUGAGCCACACCAAGGGGUACCUCGAGGUCGAGGUCGUCCGCGCCAGAGAUCUCCAGGUCAAGGAGGGGAGCAAGGUGCUACCAGCACCCUACGUCAAGGUCUACCUGGUGAACGGGAAGAAGUGCAUAGCCAAGGCCAAGACCUCCGCCGCGAGGAAAACGCUGGACCCCUUCUACCAACAGGCGUUGGCGUUCAAGGAGAACUGCGAUGGCUGUAUACUGCAGGUGACGGUGUGGGGUGACUACGGCCGGAUGGAGGGGAAAAAAGUAUUCAUGGGCAUAGCACAGAUCAUGCUGGACACUCUGAACCUCAAUGAGAUGGUGUUCGGGUGGUACAAGCUGUUCGGCACCACGUCCCUGUGAAACCAACACGAGCCGAGUUCGGGGUAGCUUCGAGACGAACUCGAGCGUGGGUUAUCGAGGGCAGAAAGUGCGCGAUCGAGGCCGAUCGAAAUCGAUGAUCCCGUCAGGACGAGAAACCGAUCAUCGUGUUCCGGAAGAGCCUUCUCUUGGCGGCCCUCCUUGGCGACGUCGGGGGAUCAAGGGGAUCGUCUCCGUCGUUUCAGUGGCGAGGAAGUGGGGAAUCGGUAUCUCUUGACAAUUGACAUCGAUUGACUCUUCGAGGGACAAGAGGGACCGUACACGAGUAUACCCGCGGACUCCGCUUGCGACUUGUACAUAAACUAG